UUGCAAGGAAAAAAAAAAACAACAAUGCAACAAACCACGAGUCAGACGGCUGACGAGCUAUGAUGCUAUUUGUCAGUUUACGGUUUAUGAUAAAUCAUUUGACUUGGGAUUUUACAAAGCUAUAUAUGCUGAGGGUCUCAGGUUGUCUGAGAAAAGCAGAAGCGGCGGACAGGAGAGCUCAAGUAUAAACUCAGGCUAUGUAAAUCACCCGAAAGGGUAGGCUAAUUAUUAUUUUGUCCUGAGUGAGUUGUAUCGACAAAUGUAUUUUGCGAACAUCUGCGCAAAAUAUCUACACAACUUUUAAUUUCACAUUAGCUCUCAUUAUAUCUCUCGUAAUCGAAUCCGCUAAACAGAACACCAACACAUUUCUGUUUUUGGAUCCCUCGCGACCCCACUGAAAUGUAACUGCUUGCCUACAUUAGCUGGUAGAGGGACCGCAGCUGUUCGGUGGGGAGAGAAAAUAUAGAUUUUCGCAUCCGGACAAGCGACAUUAGAUCGCUGCCUGCAUUCAAACCUGGAAGAACUUUUUCGGUCCUCCUUUCUCAAGACUUUUCGGACAACGUUUAAUCGUCCUUAGGAGGGGAAAACCUGGUGCAGAUUCCUCCACAGGAUGGAGCUUCAGGAGGCAUUGGAGGAGAUGUCCAAGCCAUCGCCGCGGAACCUGUUACUGGCAUCAGCGUCUUUGCUGGUGGCUGUGCACCUGUGGCUGUGGAUCCAGCGAUGCAGAAACACGGACAGCCCACCAGGCCCCUUCCCCUGGCCGGUCAUCGGGAACGCCGUCCAGCUUGGCAGCGCCCCCCACAUCUAUUUCACUCGCAUGGCAAAGAAAUACGGCGAGGUAUUCCAAAUCAAGCUUGGCAGCCGGGUCGUGGUGGUGCUUAAUGGCGAAGCAAUCAGAACGGCUCUCAUCAAAAAGGGAGCGGAUUUCGCUGGCAGGCCAGAUUUUACCUCUUUUCGGUUUAUUUCCAACGGCAAGAGCAUGGCCUUCGGGAACUACAACGACUGGUGGAAAGUGCAUCGAAAAGUUGCACAGACCACUGUCCGUACCUUCUCCACUAGUAAUGUCCAGACAAAAAAGGCGUUCGAGAAUCACGUGGUGAGCGAAGCCAGAGAACUGCUGCAUCUCUUCAUGAAAAAAACCAAGGAGAGCAAAUAUUUCCAGCCGCACACAUAUCUGAUAGUGUCCACUGCAAACAUAAUGAGCGCCGUGUGCUUCGGCAAGAGGUACUCCUACAACGACGCGGAAUUUCAGCAGGUGGUGGGAAGAAACGACCAGUUCACCAAAACGGUUGGAGCUGGAAGCAUAGUGGACGUGAUGCCCUGGCUCCAGUACUUCCCCAAUCCUAUAAAAACCAUAUUUGGGAACUUUAAAGCUCUUAACAAGGAUUUCUACGAAUUUAUUAGUCAAAAAGUCCUAGAGCACCGAAAAACAAUUCAGUCGCGUACCAUUAGAGACAUGACCGAUGCGUUCAUUGUAGCGCUUGACCAGGGCAUGACCGGCUCAUCCGGGGUGUUCCUGGGCAAAGAGUACGUGCCACCUACGGUCAGCGACAUCUUUGGGGCGAGCCAAGACACACUCUCAACUGCUCUGCAGUGGAUUAUUCUGAUACUUGUAAGGUUUCCUGACAUUCAGAGACAGCUUCAGGAGGAGGUGGACAAAGUGGUGGACAGGAGCCGGCUGCCCACCAUCGAGGACCAACCCCGCCUGCCCUACAUCAUGGCCUUCAUCUACGAGGUGAUGCGCUUCACCAGCUUUGUCCCCGUCACCAUCCCGCACUCUACCACCACCGACACCUCCAUCCUGGGCUACCACAUCCCCAAGGACACCGUGGUCUUCAUCAACCAGUGGUCCGUCAACCACGACCCUGCCAAGUGGACUCAGCCAGAGGUCUUUGACCCCCUGAGGUUCCUGGAUGAGAGCGGGGCUCUGGACAAGGACCUGACCAGCAGUGUGCUGAUCUUCUCCAUGGGCAAGAGGCGCUGCAUCGGGGAGGACCUGUCCAAAAUGCAGCUCUUCCUCUACACCACCCUCCUGAUGCACCAGUGCGUUUUCUCAGCCAACCCGGACGAGGCCAUCAACAUGGACUACAUGUAUGGCCUGACUCUGAAACCCAAGCCCUUCACCAUCGCGGUCACGCACCGCGACAGCAUGGCCCUACUGGACACCUACGUGCAACAGCAAGCUGACAAUGAAACCAAUGGUGAACUUGGGUUUUCAGCACUGAACUAAAUAUUUAUAAACUGAAUUAAAUGAAAGACAAAACAAUGAAGGUAAAAAAAAAAAAACAAAUUUUGACACUUAAGUAUAAUUUUGAACAUAAACAUGUGCCAUCAGGUUUCACAUGAUGUACAGUAGAGCUUUAUGUUUAUAGAUGGAACACUCAGGCAAAAUAGAUUUUUAUAUUUUUAUAUGUUUUCUGUGUUUCACAGGGC